UCGAACUGAACGAACGUGCCGCGGCAUCUGCCUUUGGACUCUUAUUCUUCGUUUUGUGUGCAUUUCCCACUUGCAUUUUGUGUGUUUCACGUCAUCGCGUGUGUGCCAGUUUUAUUCAAUUGUUACCAAGCGUCAAAUUACGGCUAAACAGCAAGAUGAUCUCAAAUUUUGAUUGUACCGAUAAUCAGGCCAGCAGCAAGGUGCUGAGGCCUCCGGGCGGCGGAUCGAGCGACAUCUUUGGAUCGGAGAUGCCCCAGACCCCCAGGAAUGUAAAGAAUCGCAUGGUGUCCAACAUAUUCGCUGCCGAGAAAGAUAAUGGAGUGAAAAACAACGGUGAUGCACCAAGUCGCGGCCAGAAGACCGUCGACUCCCACUCUCGGCUGUUUGGGGAACCCUCCCGCCCGAUCACGCCCGGCAAGAACCACAUGAAGAGCAGCAUUCCCUUUGGCGGACAGAACUCAGAGGCAGCCGCCGCCCAGAAGCUGCUGACCACCAAUGGCCACUACAACGGCAAGAGCGGAUCGGUGUCCUCUGCCUCGUCUUCGGUGUCGUCCUCGACCGAGAACCUCAAGAUGAACAACGGCUCGAGAUCAGAGGGAAAUCCUGUCACAGGCGAGGGCUACAAGGCAGGAGGCAACGACUUCCACCAGCGCCAGGAGUCUUCGAAUGGCGACACUCCGGUGAUCAACAAGAACCGUGUCCCACCAGGCGGCUACUCGUCGGGACUCUGGUAAUGACGACAGGAAUUGCUCAGAUCCCAGCACAAGCAAUGUGGGGCCGUUGGCGGGACGAAACACCAUACAAGAAAGCAACAAAAAUUGA